AUGUACAAGGCAAGGACGGUAUUUAGUACGCUGGCCCCGUUGGCGCCGCGAAUAUGCGGGCCCGAAAGAUACGCGUCCUGGGUGGUCCGCAGUCAUCCGUUGACCAGGACCAGCCAGGUGAUCUUUGUUCAGUGUACUGAAAUUGCGACCGACUCCACGCUCAAGUGUAACAAUCGUGUAACAACGGAACCCUUCCUAAAUGGUAGUUCGAGCUCCUACGUGGAGGGGAUGUACAACGCGUGGCUGCAAGAUCCGCGGAGCGUGCAUGUAUCAUGGGAUUCCUUCUUUCGAAACAGCACCGCUGGAGCUCCACCAGGGCUAGCGUAUCAGGCACCACCAUCCCUCGCUCCAUGUUACAACCAAGUACCGCUCGGAACUUUAUUGCCCUUUGGUGGCGGGCCACAACUCGGCCAAACGCCCGUCAGCGAAAAAAUUAUUGACGAUCAUCUAGCGGUGCAAGCUAUUAUUCGUUCUUAUCAGGCCCGAGGUCACUUAGUUGCCGAUCUGGACCCACUGGGCAUUAUGCAAACAGACUUGAUACACACGCAUUAUGCAGCUCGCAAGGGGUCACCAGAACAAGUGCUGCGUCAAUACAUGCUUGAGGAGUCUGACAUGGAUCGCGUUUUCAAAUUGCCAUCGACCACGUUUAUCGGUGGCAAGGAUAAAUCGUUGCCGCUACGAGAGAUCCUAAAGCGGCUCGAGGCCGCUUACUGCGGUCACAUCGGCGUCGAAUUCAUGUUCAUCAACUCUUUGGAACAAUGCAACUGGAUUAGGCAGAAGAUGGAAACACCCGGAGUCAUGGAAGUGACGAACGAUGAGAAAAGACUCAUUUUAGCAAGAUUGACGCGCGCAACCGGAUUUGAAGCGUUCUUGGCGCGCAAAUGGUCCUCGGAGAAGAGAUUCGGCCUGGAGGGUUGUGAAAUUUUGAUUCCAGCUAUGAAACAAGUGAUCGACAAGUCCACGGAAUUGGGAGUCGAGUCGAUUGUCAUGGGUAUGCCUCAUCGUGGUCGUCUCAAUGUUCUCGCUAAUGUUUGUCGCAAGCCAUUGAGCCAAAUAUUUACACAAUUUGCUGCUCUCGAAGCCGCCGAUGAUGGUUCCGGUGAUGUGAAAUAUCACUUGGGUACAUACAUCGAGCGUCUGAAUCGUGUAACGAAUAAGAACAUUCGUCUCGCUGUGGUUGCGAAUCCAUCGCACUUGGAGGCUGUAGAUCCAGUGGUUCAAGGCAAAACGCGCGCCGAGCAAUUCUACCGUGGCGAUGGUGAAGGCAAAAAAGUUAUGUCUAUUCUUCUUCAUGGAGAUGCAGCGUUCUGCGGUCAGGGAAUUGUCUUCGAGACAAUGCAUCUAUCCGACCUGCCUGAUUACACCACUCAUGGUACUAUACACAUUGUCGUGAAUAAUCAAAUUGGAUUCACCACGGAUCCAAGGCAUUCGCGAUCAUCUCCGUAUUGUACUGACGUAGCGCGAGUGGUGAACGCGCCCAUCUUCCACGUGAACUCUGAUGAUCCGGAGGCUGUAAUGCAUGUAUGCAAGGUAGCGGCGGAAUGGAGAGCCACCUUCCACAAGGAUGUUGUAAUCGACUUGGUAUCCUAUAGACGUAACGGCCACAACGAAAUCGACGAACCGAUGUUCACACAGCCUCUGAUGUACCGCAAGAUCAAGAAAACUCCGCCAGCCCUCGACAAAUAUGCCAAUUCGCUCAUCAAUGAUGGUGUUGUUACCCCUGAGGAAGUUAAGGAUGUCAAAGAUAAAUACGAAAAGAUUUGUGAAGAAGCGUAUAACAACGCUAGACAGGAAACACACAUCAAGUACAAGGAUUGGUUGGACUCGCCAUGGUCCGGUUUCUUUGAAGGAAAGGAUCCGUUGAAGGUCUCACCCACUGGUAUCAAAGAAGAUACACUCGUACACAUUGGCAAAAAAUUCUCGUCACCACCGCCAAAUGCCGCUGAGUUUGUCAUUCACAAAGGUAUCGAGCGUAUUUUGAAGGCUCGCAUGGAAAUGAUCGAGGCUAGAACUGUCGAUUGGGCUCUCGGCGAAGCUAUGGCUUUCGGAUCUCUCCUCAAAGAAGGUAUUCACGUCCGUUUGUCAGGUCAGGAUGUGGAGAGGGGCACAUUCUCGCAUAGGCAUAACGUGCUACAUCAUCAGACUGUCGACAAGGCUACUUACAGGCCGCUUUGCUAUCUGUAUCCCGAUCAGGCACCUUACACAGUGUGCAACAGCUCUUUAUCCGAAUUCGGCGUUCUUGGAUUUGAGUUGGGCUAUUCUAUGACAAAUCCUAAUGCAUUGGUAUGCUGGGAAGCUCAAUUCGGAGAUUUCAAUAAUACGGCGCAAUGUAUAAUCGAUCAAUUUAUCAGCAGCGGUCAAGCCAAAUGGGUUAGGCAAUCUGGUUUGGUCAUGUUGCAACCUCAUGGUCUCGAAGGAAUGGGUCCCGAGCACUCCAGUGCUCGUCUGGAGCGUUUUCUUCAAAUGUCCGCCGAUGAUCUGGAUUACUUCCCGCCUGAAAGCGAAGAGUUCGCCGUGCGUCAGUUGCACGACAGCAAUUGGAUCGUUGCCAAUUGCAGCACGCCGGCUAAUUACUUCCACAUCCUGAAACGGCAAAUCGCGCUGCCAUUUAGAAAACCGUUGAUCAUAAUGACACCAAAGUCGCUACUUUGUCAUCCGGAAGCCAAAUCUAGUUUUGACUUGAUGUUAGAAGACACGCAGUUCCUUAGAGUGAUACCGGAGGAGGGUACGGCAGCACAGAAUCCCAAUAACGUUAAGAAGCUACUGUUCUGUUCUGGAAAGGUUUAUUACGAUCUGAAGAAAGCUCGCGCUGAACGGCAAUUAGACGACAAAAUCGCGAUCGCCAGGAUGGAACAGAUUUCGCCCUUCCCAUACGAUCUCGUCAAGAAGGAGGCUGCAAAGUAUCCCAAUGCGGAAUUGUUGUGGUCUCAGGAGGAGCAUAAGAAUCAAGGCGCUUGGACCUACGUGCAGCCGAGAUUCCAUACGGCGCUUAAUGGCACGCGAAACGUAAUUGGUACAUCAGAAACGAGUGAAAGUGAUCGAGGAUGGUUAGCUGAUUUAUUUUCAUCAAACAAACCGACAAAACCCGCAAUUGUGUCAGAGCAAUCAACGGAACCUACUGAACCAAAGCAGAGAAUAGUAAGCUAUGCAGGACGUCCUACAGCAGCGUCACCCGCAACUGGCAGCAAAAUGCAACAUCUCAAGGAACUUAAGCAACUACUUGACGACUCUCUCAGUUUUUAAUGAUCCUUUUUAGCGUUACAUGUAGAAAACUGAAGAUUUAUUUAUUUUUCUCAUAUCUUAAUGCAUCAAUUACGAUAUUGUUGUGUCCUGCUCGUCGCAUAACAUACGACAGAGAUUAUACCGUAGUCAUUUAAACAAUUUCUUCGUAAUGGUGUCUCUUACAUUUAAGUUUGCACACGCGCACAAAUGUAUCGCGUUCGUUUGUCCAAAAUGCAAUUUGUUUUUCUGUCAUCGACUUGCAUAAUAUAUGGACAGUAUAAACUUAACUAAGUUAAGUAUGAUAGCCUUCAGUUACUACUAUCCAAUUUAAUUGAUUGUUAGUGUACAUUAGGGAUUUUUUAGCUAUUUAUACUACUGAUUUGCAAUGAGCAACUCAUCUGUAUAUGCAUUUCUUUCUCUUAUUUAUGUUUAUAUUAAAGUUUGUACACUUUUUUCUUAAUAGAAAACUCGAUUGUACAUGUAAGUUUGGAAAAUAUGCUUGAUGCGCGUGAUUGGAAUCGGUAGAACUUUUAUAUAUCUUAGUUAAUUUUACAGAUAUAUCUGUAAAAAUAUUUCUCAGUGAAACACUUGCUAGUCGAUUGAUCUAUAAUCUAUGUGAACAUGAAACAUUUGUGCGCCAGUCAUUUUCUGUAUUUCACUUUAUUUGUAUUUUAUUUCGAAUUAAUCUUUUGUGAAAUCGAUAAGAUAACAGGAAAAGUAUUAUUAAUUUAUAUAAUGUUACGCAGUGCGUACAUUUUAAUGUAUAGCAAUUAUUCUGAAGUACACUUCGGAGAGAAAACUGUCCAUGGUAAAGGGUUACGAGCAGACACAUGGCAAUUUUUUUUCUUUUAAUAAUUUAUGCCAUGAGAUGGUUGCCAAUUACUUUAACUUUUUAUUAACUUUACUGUAUUCUUAUAAAAAGUUAAAUAAUUGGCGGUUUAGCAGCGCAUUUUCUAUGCAGACGUAUGACGUAGCACUAGCACAUUCUCGAAUUGUAUAUCUCGCAGCUUCGAUUGCACUAACGCGACAUUAAACUGAAAGUAUUAAUUGAAAAGUAUUUCAAUUAUUGUUGGUUUAAGCUUAAAAAAUAUGUCAUCCGUAGCCUCUAGUGCUACCCCAUGGACAGUAUCGACGAAUACUUCAACUCAGUAAAGAGUGUUGAGAGUAGAAGACAAAUUAGUAAUACUUAAUAGCACAUCUAGGGAUUAAUUUUAAUAAUAAUAAUUUAGCCGGGGCAUCCGUGGCUCGUAUGGUCCGCUGUGCGAAGAUAUGCAUAUGCACGGUAUUUAUAUUCUUCUAUCUGUACUAUUUAAAGAUGAGACACGGAGAAAUCUUAAGAAGUAACACUAUACACUUUAUUAAUUGGAAGAAAGUAUUGUAUAUAUCAUAAUAUUUGGUUUAUAUGCGCAGCAGAUGAAUCAAUCUUAUUUUGCUUGAUGCAUAUGAAACGAUAGUUAUGUGAUAUCUCACAAUUUAGUACGAUAUUAUUUAGACAACCCAAUGAAAGCUGCAGUAUCUACAGUUAUACUUGUUCCUACUCAUUGUAUCAUAUGUGUUUAUAACGAUAAUACGAGAACACACAUGGCUGAAUGUUAAACAGAUUUCCCUCAAGUAAGUAUCUGACACUUAAAAAAAAAAAAAUUUGGUUUAACGAAAACCGUUGAUAUUACUCUCGAUAUUGUAGCAUCUUAUUGCUGAUUGAAUUAAAUUGUCUCACGUA